UUCUGACAAACAAAAUACAACACCACCUCUCCCAGUUAACAGAAUUUCACCUUCACGAACAUAAUACCAUCACUCGUGGCUGUCAUCGUGUCCUCGACGCCCAAACCACUUUCGUCUGGUAAUAAAAUACAUAUUUAGCUCUUAAUGAAUCAGCGUCAUCAAAACUGUGGUGGUGAACACCUUCGAGACUGAGGGACUGAUUACCUCUUCCUCUGCUGUCUCCAGUUCCAACACCUUCAAAUCACUUCUAUAUCGAACCGAUAAAGUCACUGGUUGGCUGAACGUUUCCAGAAUGAAGAUACGCGAGGUGUUACACAUGUCUUAUUCAUCAACUUAUCAGCAUUGCUUAUCAUUAAUGCCUUGAUGUUUGGCUCUUUCAUACAGGAUUUCACUCUUUGCUGAAUAUAGAAAUGAAAGGAUUGCAGAUAGGGUAUAUCAUAUUACCCAAUUUAGAACUCGAUACCGUGGAUUCAAAUUAAAUAGAUUCCUAUUUAAAAGGGAAAUAGAAAUGCAAUGGUCACGUAAAAGAGGUGAAGAGAAAAAGAACAAACUGCCUAGCUGCCUAGCAUGUGCCAGUAACAUCAUUAUAAUGAUACACAAUACUGACAAGGUUGAUGCAUUGACCACAUCAACUUUUCCUCUCCACUGCUCCUGUCAGCAUAUUUACUCACUUCUGCAUUUGACUGAAGAAGCCUACUAUGGAGGCGAAUUGUUUCUAAAAUAAAGAUAACUGACUGCUGUACACGUCUUGCUCAUGGACCAGUAGACUCACUGUGGUGCUCAUAAGAACAUAAGAAAGAAGAAAUACUGCAGCAGGCCUACUGGCUCAUGCGAGGCUUAAGCCAAUGACUUAACCUAAUCAGGUCAGUCACAUUCAGGAGGAGCACGACAUCUGACCUAGAAGCACAAGCUAGUCAGAUCCAGCUUACACCCACUCGUCCAUAAGCGUUUUUGUUCUCGUAUAAUACCGAUAACAUUAGUAUGGUAGUUGUUGUGGUGAGGGGGGAUGUGUGUGGUUGUGGGCAGAAGCUCUCCUGUAUGGUGGAUAGACCUACCGCGUUGCUACUCUUGUGUUAUUUAGUGUAAACCGAAGGAGAAUGUUGGUUACCUGCUGAGGUAGACUGAGGUCUAGCUUCUUAUGAGAUUGGUGAAGAAGUGGGCAUCGAGGGAGUUACAGUUCAGUGACCUGCUAUGACUAAGUCCCACUUACGUCACCCAAAUUACUUCCAGGUAAUAAUUCAGGAGGCGAAGCAGGGAAACAAGGUAGAGGCGGUGAAGGAGGCUGCCGGGAAGACCGUGAAGGAACUACAGCAGGAAGCGGACAGCAGGAGACAACUGUUGGCCAGAGUUCGCACCUUCAUCCCGGUCACUCCCUCACCCAUCACACCCAAGCAGCGAGCGCACACCAUACACACUGAGAUGCUGGAGGAGAGGGCGAGGCAGGUGCAGGAGAAGACUGAGAGAGUGCGGCAGCGGCAGGAGGAAGACGCGAGGUGGGCCAGAGUGGUGCGUAGGAACAGGGAUGAAUUUGAGGAGGACCUGUGGAAGGAACACCUCCACAAGAUAAACAAGAGAGAGACACUUAAGAAGGACCUCGACAAUUUGUGUGCUGAGCGAGAAGCCUCUCGGGAGGAGGAACGAAGACACCUUCAGCGUCUUCGGGAGGAGGUGGAGAACAGCGGGAAAGUGUACCUCCAGUAUCACCACCACAUCCGUACACAGGUGACUCCUCGCAUACAGGCUGCUCAGGAGAAGCUGAGGAAGCGAAAGGAGUUCUUGGCAGAGAUCGAAGCGGUAAGGGCAAGCCGGCUGCAGGAGGCGCUGAAGGAGGACGAGCAGAGGGAGUCUGAACUCAGGUACUCAGCGGCCAAGCGAGCCUACGCCAGGAAAGUCAAGCAGAGGAUACUUGACAAGAUGAAGGGAAAGAGGAGCUCAGCAGUAGACGUUCUUGAAAGAGGGAGGAAGGAGGUUCUUGAAGGAGAGAAGAAAGAAGGUUCUUGAAGGAGAGGAAAAAAACUGGAAGAAAAAAGUUCUUUAAGGACGGGGAAAGGGAUGAAAAAGAUUUUUAAAGGAGGGAAGAAAAAGGUUCUUGAAGGAAGGGUAAGAAGGUUCUUGGAGGGAAGAAAUAGGUUCUUGAAGUAAGGAAGUUAAUUUAACUUAAGUAAACCUACAGAAAAACAUUUUUAGAGAGAAAGAAGGGCGCGAGAGGUGUGGCAAGAUGGUCGAUCGUAACCAGGAAACGCAAAAAUCUGAACGUUCAUCACUCGCGGCGCGAGAAUGGCUCGCGCAGCGACACUGGCGAUGCAAGAGGAUAGCGUUUGUAGUACCGUAAGGAAAAUAUUGUCCCUGGUUCACUCGCAUGGUUCACCGACUGACAGUGUGAUGCGUCACCCAGGGAUCAUCCCCACGAGAGGGAGAAUUAGUGUAGUACGUAGCUAAGACUUCCAUUAUCCGCUAGGUUAGUUUAGCCAGGGGCCAGUUUGGUGCCUUAUCUGCAGUGGCGCAGACGGGAUUUCAAUCUACCGGGGAAAAAGAUUAAACCGGGAUUUCAAUCUGCCGGGAUUUCAGUCUCAGAAGGGGUUUUAAAAUCAUUAAAAGCUGAAAAAUCAAAGCAAUGUUUUUUUAAAAACAUAUCAUUUUCAGUAUAUAUGCGAAAUUCCUUAAUUUUUUGUAUUUUCGUGGUCACUAGUUAAUUGAACACGGUGAAAAAAUAGUCAUAAAUUGUAAAGAAGGUAUUUGCCUUUGGUUGGCAUAAACCUCAUUAGCCUCACCUUCUCCCUAUGGUUGCGCCACUGCUUAUCACCUGGCAUUUAAGACUUACUGAGUUAAGAGAAUGCCUUGCUCCUUCACUAUGGGGAGAGGGAGGGACUGGAGCUUGGCAUGAAAGCAAGUCAGAAAGGGUUUUGCCGUGGUGGAAGUGAGGAGACGUGAGACUGUAUCCUCUCAUUCCUGCUGCAAUGAGAGAACCUCCAAAGUAUUUUAUUAACAAGAAUUAUAUUUUUCAUUUGACUGUAAGUAAUGUUUCUGCCAGUAUAAUUUGUAUCUGUUUUCUCAUUAUUAUACCUCUGGUAUUACAUUACUGUUUCUUCCAGUACCUCGUCAAAGUAUAUAAGUAACAAAGUAACCAGUAACUGUCUAAU